AUGGUCACCACUGCCGUCGCGGCGGUCGCCGGCGCCGUGCCGCCGCCUCGGAAAGCCAAAGCAGUAACUGUAGCCACAACACCACCUCCCACCCUCACUAGAAGGCAGCUCCUCGCCGCGGUUGCCACCGCCUCCACCCUCCGCACGGUCGCCGCCUCGGCUGCGGCCCCCAGAUUCGCCGAGAUCCCCGGCUCCGGCGUCGUGAAGGCCCUGGACCUCCGGGAGGGUUCAGGAGAGAUCCCGGCCGUCGGCGACCAGGUUGCAAUUCACUAUUAUGGGAGAUUAGCAGCGAAGCAAGGAUGGCGCUUUGAUUCCACCUAUGAUCAUAAGGACGAGACCAAUGAUCCCAUGCCGUUUGUCUUCACCCUUGGGUCUGUCAAAGUUAUACCUGGUAUGGAAGCAGCAGUGAAGUCCAUGAGAGUUGGUGGUCUUCGCCGAGUGAUCAUUCCACCAUCACAGGGUUACCAAAACACAUCACAAGAACCAAUUCCUCCUAAUUUCUUUGAUCGACAGAGGCUAUUUACUACUAUAUUCAACCCAACACUUCUCGCGAAUGGCGAGGAUUCCACUCUUGCCUACAGUCAACCCAUUCAAGAUUCAACCUCAAAUGUUCCUUGUGAGCACACUCCGCGUGUUAAUGGGAAAAUUCCAGAUUUUAAUAAUGCGACAAUUGAUCAUGAAUCAUUAUUAGAAAGAUUGGGCACUUAUGGCUUAGCUGAAUACCAAAUAGAAGGAGAUGGGAAUUGCCAGUUCCGAGCUCUGGCAGACCAGAUAUUCCGCAAUCCUGACUAUCACAAACAUGUGAGGAAGGCGGUAGUGAAGCAGCUGAAGGAAUUCAGGAAACACUAUGAAGGUUAUGUGCCAAUGGAAUAUAAGGUUUACUUGAAGAAAAUGAAAAGAUCUGGGGAAUGGGGAGAUCAUGUGACCUUACAGGCAGCUGCAGACAGGAGCUUUGGCUAA